CAAAGUUAUUCAAAGAUGAACAAAAAUAAGAGGAUUAGCCAUCACUCACCUGAAGGAAGAGAGGUACAUGAAGAGUAUGAACACUCUGCUGAGACUCCAGAGCAAGCUGAGGGUGAGGGUUUAGUCAUUGAUUUUCAGCAUGAGCUCUUGGACCAUUUCCUCGAACGAGCAGAUGCCCUGGGCAGACAUCAUGAUGAGCACACUAGCGAAGCUGUCAAUAAAAUAGAGGCUUACGAGCGUACUCAAGAUGAAUAUAAAUAAAGUCGUUGAGGAUAGUAAUAACAAUCAUGAAGAGAGGAGGAAAGCUACAGAGGAAAUAUUAGCUCACUCUCAAGAUUUCAAUGCCUAUAGCAAAGAUUCAGCGGAUGAGAAAAGAAACCUGCGACAAGAAUUUGAUGAUCAUGAGGACCAGCUCAGGAACCUCAAGGACCAGAUUCUAGAAACUGAGCUUGAAAACAAAAAUUUGCAAAUGAUUGCAGAGACAGAGCAGUCUAUACAGGAUGCUAAGGACAGAGCAGAGGAGGAUGCCAUAAAAACCGUCAAUGAUGAUCUCAGAGAUAUGGUUGAUAGACUCUCUAGAGAUGCAGAGGCAGAUAUCAGUUACCAAGAGGUCUCUCUUAAGAUCCGUAGUGAGAUCGAAAGUAAUUACAACCAAUCUAAAGCUGAAAUAAACGAACUCUUCGGUAAAGCUGGGACUGCCAAAGAGCAAUUAGAAGAAGAUAUCAACGAAGUCAAAGAAAGAGCAGCUGCCAGAGAUGAGGAUAACGAAGACCUCCGUGGAAGAAUCGAAGAUAAUGAAGUUGAAAUUGACAGACUCGCUAAUUCAAUCAAAGCUCUCAACGAUGAGAUCGAUAACAUCAAAGGAGACCAUGAGGAAGAGAUAGCAAGACUGGAUAAGGAAAGAGUCGAGAACGAGAAUAUCAUUGCUGAUCUUCAUAAAACAGCAGAGGAUUUAAAGGUCCAGCAUUCUAAAUACGAGGUCAGCAUUUUGAAGAUCAACAGCCAGUUGCAAUACCUUGAUGAAGCCGAGAAAAGUGUUGGAAAUGAUCUGAUUAGAAAGAAGAUCGACAAGUUCGACAGGAGUAUUAAGGCAACCAAUCGUGGAACAGAACAACUCCAGAAUUACCUUGAUGGAAUGAACAGAGAUUGGAUAGGCAGGAUAGAAUCAGCUAAUAGAGAAUUAUCCAACUUGAUCAGAGAGACUGAGAGCAAGUCUGCAUCCGAGAAGCUCAAUAAACUACUUAAAGAACUACAAGCAAAGCAGAAUGAAAUAGAAGACCUCAAAAGAAGAAGAAACCAACUUGAAAGAGACCUUGCUGGAGCUGAUCCUGAUAGUCUUGAUCGAGAAAUUUUGAACAUGAGAGGAGAACUUGAUGAGGUCAACGACAAACUCAUUCAGGUGCUCAACUUUAAUAAUAAGACUGAGAUCGCCAGACUCAGAUUAGAAAUCGAAACUUCUAAGAGAGAACAUGAGUCUAAAGGGACCUUCUUCGCUGAUCUUCUCAUGAAGAUUGAAGAGAGAAAACAGCUGCUAGAGGAGCUCCAAUAUGAAAUUAGUGAAAAUGAGUCCUUCCUUCAUGAAUUCGAGGAGACUCUUCAAAGAAGAAAAGAUGAAGGAGAAGACCUUGAUAGGCAACUAGCAGAGAGAGACGAGGAGGUCAGAAGACUUGAAUCCAGACUAGCAGAGAUGAACAAACUUAGAGCCCAACAAGAGGUUGAAGCAAGGUACUAUGAAGAACAAUCUAGACUUCAAGAGGAAGCUAGGCUUGAAGAAGAGGCUAGGUUACAAGAAGAAGCUAGGUUACAUAGAGAAUCCCUCCUAUCCCAAAGAAGAGAAAUUCAUACUGUAGAAGAGAAUGUUUAUGUAGCUGAUAAGAAUGAUGAGAUCGAUGUAAUGAUUGCCAAGUGCAUUAAUGUUGCCCAAUGCCAAGUUCCCAUCAAAAGAUUAGGAGGCGGAUAUUACCAAUUCGGUACAAGAAAGAUCUACGCUAAGAUUUUGAAUGGAAAACUAGUCAUCAGAGUUGGAGGUGGAUACAUGGUCAUAGACGAGUUCAUCGAGACUUAUUCAAGCGCUGAGCUCAAGAAGAUGGAGCAGAGAAGAAACCGUGGACUUGAAGAAGUCCCUAAUCUUGGUGACAUGUCUCCUUCUAAUAGGUCUUUCGGAAGUCCAAGAAAAUUAGGAUCUCCUAGCAACAAGACAAUGAAGGCUAAUAAGAAGAAAGAGGAAGGUAAUGGGUUCAGUUUUUCGACUAAGGGUAGUUCAGCAAUGAAUGGUACUAUGAGAACCAAGAAUUUCACCCAAGCACAGAUGGAUAAAAUGAUGGCAUCAGGUGCAGCAAGAGAUUUCAGAAAGUAAAGCACAACAGCAUUUCAGAUACCUCAAUAAUUUAUAUAUUUUGUGG